AUGCUCCACCGCGAUAUCCUCCACGCCCUCAUCAUGCCCGUCGUAACCCUCUUCUCCCGCGCAUCAACACUAGCUUCCGCCGCACUAUGCACACAGCGCGCCUCUGAUCUCGAACUCGCCUUCUCAGGAGAAUCCCGCAGCGCAUUCAUCGGCCUCCAGUGCUUCAUCACCGAGGAAACAGACUGGUGCCGCACACGAGGAUGCCCAGCAUGCGUCGUGACUGCAACUCUGAGCACCGACAGCCACAUCCGAUUGACCAUUGCAGCAAGCCUACUCAGCACGGCAAACAUCGCGACACCGACGCAGGAAGAGCCGCCCCAGCACAUCGAAGACAGAACCCUACCACCACUCCCCCACAUCCUCCCCGCGCUCCAACACGCCGUCAUAAACGACCCUUUCUGGGAAGGCUCAGAGAUCUGGGGAUACAUACUUUCUCGCGCGACACAGCUUUCAGCUGGAAUCCAAGCCCUCAUUGCCGAAUGCGUAAACCUCGAAUCCCUUGUUUCGUCGCCGACCACCGAACGCCCCGCCUCAAAGCGCGGCUUGACACAUCCCACUGUACCAUUCGUCGUAUCAGGACAAGCAGUCCAGGAAAAGGGCGUCAAGCUCAGGAAGAGCAAGCUCGCCAAGCGACAACUAAGACUGCGGGAUGAAGAGGUAGAGCUCAUGCGCAGAGUAGCCAUGCAGUGCUGGGCUAAAGCUCGGGUGCCCAAGCAUAUUAGAGGAGAAGUCUUGGGUCUGAGCGACAGCAAGAGGGCGAGGAGUCUGACUUGUCCAUAA